GUCUUGAACUGAGCCAGUCAUUAACAUGGUUAGAGUCAGCUCCAGACAUCUGUCCCGCAGUUGAAAUAAAAUGUUUUAAUUGAUUGUACACAUCACCAAAAUAAAUAAAUAAAAAAUAAAAAAAUAAAAAUAAAAACAGUUCAGUUUUUUAGUGAAAUAUUUAACACAGCUUGACUGCUCUGAACAUAUGCACACUCAUUUAUUUAUCAUCAUUUAUUUACUGUCAUCUUUAAGAGGAAUAAAUAUUACAUGUUGUAUUUAUUGAUUUAUCUUUUCUGAAGUACCUGCAGGCACAGUGUAGAGGUGGUGUUGGUUUCCAUUGGAUGUUAGGAGGGAGCCACCUACUGGCUUAGGGCAACAUGUUGUUAGACCCUGAGAGAAAGGUCAGGGGUCAUCACUAUGCAUCAAGAAAACUGGGUCGAGUGUUUAAAUCUGUAUUUGACAAACCCUCCAUGCUGUAAUAUUUCAGCUUUACACUGGUAACGUUUCUGUUGAAGGUGUUAGACUUCAGUAACUGCUGCUCUGCUGCUUUUGUUUUUGUUUUUUUGUUCUGAUGUUAUUUGUGUUUUUAUUUAGUUUCGCUCAACAUCAGAUUUUUAAAUCUACCUUUUUAAAAUGGAUAUUCUCCAUUUCAUGGUACGACAAAACAACUGUCUCUCUUCCAUCUAGUUUCUCAUCCUAGUGUUGAAAAUACACAAUGAAAUCUUGUCAACUUCAUCAAAAUGAACCAGCGAAGGCGAAGUACUCAACCAAAGUACUAAACACAUCAUCAAAGUAGAAAGAAGUACUGUCUGACCUUAGUCUGUACCAAAGCUGUGAAUAUAUGGUUGAAUUAAAAAAAACAGUAGUUCAAAAUACACCACACUACAAAUCACAAAAAUACAGAUCACUUUAUAAUUUGUCUACAGCAUGAAUGACAUGAAAGCUCUAAUGAUGCUUCAGCACAGAGCUACAUUUCAGAACAUGAGAGAAAAUAUGGUGUGAUUUUCUUUCAGCCUCCAGACAACAAUACCACCAAUUGUUCCGUUUUUCUAGCUGUAUAUGUAAUUAUGGGUUGGAGUCUUAAAGGCUUUUGUUCUUUUGUAGAUUUUACCCUCCCUGCUCAAACAAAAGCUGCCCCACAUACAUGCAGCCGACAUGUAACUAACAAUAAAUUGUGCCGUGGAAAACGGCUGGUAUGCAUCAGAUGUGGGAAAUCUCUCAUGGCUGAAUAUCUGUGUCUGUUUGAAAAAGUGAGGAGGAAUAUCCUGGUGAAUGUGGAAUCUGUCAGGGUCACAUGAUAAUGGGCUGUAAUGGAACAUAUUCUGAAUUAAAGCGAGCAUUAGAAAAUGUACUUUUGGUGGAAGAGCACAGCAGGGGGUGAAUGUAGAUGAUGAUGAUGACGAUUUGUCUGCAUAUGAUGAGAAACUGUUUGCUUCACAUAACAAAGAACCACUGACCCGACAAAUGAGGGCAGAGGGCUGUGAAGGCCUGGGGAGAGGGGAUGAAGUGGACAAGUACAUUUAAAAACCUCGUUGUUCAGUCGAUGAGUUAGUAACCAGUGAAGAAGAAGGUGACCCUAUAGGAUCUGAUUAGAGUUGUGACCAGAGACACGUUUAGACAUUCCUGGAUCUACAGAAGCUAAAAGUUACUUAGAAACUUGAAGGUUUAGGUUCAUUAAAAAUAAUGCCGGAGCAGGACCAGAGACAGAAGUUAGUUAAAAUGAUCAGACAGUGGAAUGACAGCAGAGAGGACCUGUUUGAGAUCAGCCAACCUGAUGAGAACCUGGAGUUUCACGGCGUGAUGCGGUUCUGCUACGAGGACCACAUCGAGAGAAACACGGCGACAAAGUGCCUGCGUGUUUGCAGCAAGUCUUCAACACGGGAGAUCAUCGGAAUCCUCUCAGAGAAAUUUAGGCCCGAUAUGAAAAUACCGUCUGCUGCCUGUUCCCUGUAUGAGGUGCAGGCCAAGAAGGAACGAAGACUGGAUCAGGAUGAGAAACCUCUAAUCGUACAACUGAACUGGAACUCAGAAGACAGAGAAGGGCGUUUUGUGCUUAAAGUCAAGGAAAGAUCGCAGGAAAAUUGUUAUGAGAAGGAUAAAGGUGGCAUGAUGCAAAGUUUCAAAAGAACGCUGUCAAGAAAAGACAAAAAGACAGACAAGAACAAAAUCAAAGCAGCUGACAAGGUUUCAAGGGAAGAGGGAAGUCUUUCACUUUCAGCUGAAGAAGCCUUUCUUUCUGCAGUCAUAAAUUACACCAACAGCUCCACCGUUCAUUUCAAGCUUUCACCUGCAUACAUCCUCUAUGCUGUGGUGCGUUUUGCUCUGCAGCGCCCUCUGCCUUCUGGCCAAAUCCAUGGUGUAUCAGUGCUAGUUGAUAAAAUGGUGGCCAUGACAAGGAAAGUCAUCCAGAGACAGCAGACCAUUGCCAGCGCUCUCACUUUCUGGAUGGCCAACUCCUCUGAGCUGCUGAACUUCUUCAAGCAAGACAAAGACCUCUGCCAGCUCACACAGCCCAGUCAACUGGAUCUAGCCCACCUUGUGCAUAAAGCGUACAGUUUUCUGCUUCAGUGUCUGCAGAAUGAGUUGAAAAAACAUUUGCCAACAUUUCUGAUUGAUCCUGAGCAACACGGGCCGCUGCCAGCUGGUAUUGAGAAGGUACUGAACACUUUAAUGAACACCAUGGCUCUCUUCCGCCGCUGCCGGGUCAACCAUGCCCUGACCGUCCAGCUCUUCUCCCAGCUCUUCCAUUUCAUUAGCGCCUGGCUGUUUAAUCAUCUUAUGAGCUCAGAGGUUGACGCUCAACGCCUACGAUCCCACUACUGGGGAGCCACUCUGCGCCACAGGCUUUCAGUCAUGGAAGGGUGGGCAGAGCGGCAGGGCCUGGAGCUGGCUGCUCACUGUCACCUGGGACACAUCGUCCAGGCAACCACACUCCUGACCAUGAGCAAGUACUCGAUGAGAGACGCAGCGGAUGUUCAGGCUACCUGUUUCAAGUUAAACUCCCUGCAGCUGCAGACUCUGCUGGCUGGAUACCUCUAUGCAAACAAUGAGCCACACAUCAGCCCUGCUUUGAUUGAUGCCAUUAGGGCGGCUGCUGAGGCCUCAGUAGACAGCCUGAUCCGGAGUGAAGGACGGAACAUACAGCUGGAGGAGAGCCUCGACCUACACCUGCCCUUCCUGCUGCCAGAGGGAGGAUACUCCUGUGACACUGUGAGAGGAAUCCCAGCGGGAUUCAGGGAAUUUUUGGAGCCAAUAUGUCGAAAAGGUCUCUGCUCUGUAACAUCCCAAACAAACUCAAGAGGAAAAUGGACUAAUUCAAACUUCUGCAUCAGUGUGAUUUUCAUUCUCAUCGGUGUGAUGAGUUUCUUUAAACAGUCAGUGAACAGAGACCCAGAGAUUGUGACCGUCACGCUGAGAAAACCUCUCAACAGUGGAAUGGGGGUCAGCAUCGUUGCAGCCAAGGGAGCACAGCAGGAUAAUCUAGGGAUUUAUAUUAAAUCCAUUUUAAACGAGGGACCAGCUGAAAUGAAUGGAGGACUAACAGCUGGAGACCAGCUGCUCAGUGUGGACGGUCAAAGCCUUGUUGGUCUCACCCAAGAAAGGGCAGCAGCGAUUAUGUUGCAGACAGGCCCUGUUGUGAUUUUGCAGGUUGCAAAGUUUGCAGCUAGAUACCAUGGUCUAGAGGCUGUGCUGAGUGGACAAGAACCUGAUAGAAAUAUAGGUGAUGAAGGCAAGACAAACGGAUACAGACGGAAGAAAGAGCAGAAUCUGCAGAAAAAUCGGCAGCUUUAUCGUUCCAACCCCAACAUGACCAAUCCCAGCUGGGAAGAUGGAGAUGACGUCAGGCACGCUCCCAGGAAAACUUGUACAUGGACAGUGGACGCCCCCUUCUGGACGAAAAGCGGAACACGUGGCAGCAGGGGAGCAGGAACCCCCCCAGCCACGAUGAGCAACUAUUCUUCUUCCCCUAUUCGCUCCUGUGUUUCGACCCUUGACAUCUGCAAAGAUGUCACUUCUCCAAAAAUGCAGGAAAGUCGCACCAGAGGCGCCGGUGUUUGGCGAACACCGUUUUCACAACACCCAACUUCUACGCCCUCAGUUCAGCCUAUACGUAUAGACAUACCCAUAACCCGAGCUGAGGCUGCGCGUUCAAAUCCUCCACUCACCACCUUCCAGACUCCCUCUUCGCAGACGCUUAAGAUGAGCAUAAAUGGACACAAAGAAAGUUCUCAGAACCACGAAGACCACAUGUAUGCAAACCCCAUCUCCGUAACCAAGAAGGUACCUCCACCCUCUCUGCUAUCAACGCAACAGCUGAACGGAUCCAGCAUCUUCAAGGGUCAAAUAGUAAAACCUCAGGUAAGCAUCACUCCAACGAAACACGUUUCCUUCCAAGAACCUCCUACUCACCAUAAGAAGGUAACGGUUCCAGUGAAGAAAAAAGAACAGGAGGUGUGUCGGCCGUGGAGAAGAGCAACACAGGAGGAGAUGGAGAAACAGGUGAAGCUUCUAGAAGUAGAGACUCUGGAGAAGGAAGUGCAGGAGCUGCAGGCCAAAAUGAAACACUCAGAAGAAGAGAAUAACAGGCUUCACAAACUCAGCCUGGAGUGGAGGUUUCAGAAGAAGCUGCAGGAGGGUCAGCAGACAAGAGAAGAUGAGGACAAAGACGGGGAUUUGGAAAUGAUGGUGAUGAUACAACAGAUGGACACAAAAGCUCAGAGCAUAAGGAGCUCUGUAGAAAAGCUGGAACAACAAUCAGGAAAUCGUGUCUCACGCAACGAAGACGAGACAAAUACAGGUCAAAGGGCAGUUGGACAGGCAAAGGACAUUCAUAACAUCAAAUCAAAGAGAUUGUUUGGUUCAAGUAUAUGUAGAAUUCAAGUAUAUCCCCUCACAAUGUCGUUUAUUUGCAGGAACCAAGAGGAGAAAAUCAGAGCGAUGGCUCCUGAGAUGCUCACGUUCAAAGAGCGUCAGCGUCUCUUUUCUCUGGCGCCCACUGCAUAAAAAGG